AAGACAAAAAUAAACCGUUUGGUCUUAGAAGCUAUAACGCUGAAUUUAGAAAAGGUCAUAUUGAAGGAAAAAGAAAAAGGAAAUUUAUGACAAGAAUCUCCAUGGCUGCAGAAGCCACCACCACCAAAUUUCAAAACCCUGAUUUCCGGCCCGAUUUCCAUCCUGAUAUAUCCGUAACCGCUCACGACGGCCUCCAUUUUUGGCAAUUCAUGAUCGCCGGUUCCAUCGCCGGUUCAGUCGAGCACAUGGCUAUGUUUCCGGUUGACACAAUCAAGACCCAUAUGCAGGCUCUCGGUUCUUGCCCCGUUAAAUCCGUCAGUGUCUCCCAGGCGCUACGUUCCAUCCUCCAAUCUGAAGGCCCCAGUGCCCUCUACCGCGGUAUAGCAGCUAUGGGUCUCGGCGCGGGUCCUGCCCAUGCGGUGUAUUUCUCAGUUUACGAAGUAUGUAAGAAAUAUUUCUCUGGUGACAAUCCAAAAAAUUCAAUAGUUCACGCUGUUUCUGGGGUUUGUGCUACGGUGUCCAGUGAUGCUGUAUUUACGCCGAUGGAUAUGGUGAAGCAGAGAUUACAAUUGGGUAAUAAUACUUACAAGGGGGUAUGGGAUUGUGUGAAGAGGGUUUUGAGAGAAGAGGGUUUUGGUGCGUUUUAUGCAUCUUAUAGGACUACUGUUUUGAUGAAUGCGCCGUUUACGGCGGUGCAUUUUGCAACUUAUGAGGCUACAAAAAGAGGGUUGAUGGAGAUUUCGCCUGAGAGUGCUAAUGAUGAGCGGUUGGUUGUUCAUGCUACUGCUGGAGCUGCUGCUGGAGCACUAGCUGCUGCUGUCACUACUCCGCUGGAUGUAGUUAAAACUCAGUUGCAGUGUCAGUGUUUGUUUCAGGAUCUUACGACGAAGCAGAUUAUUGGUAAAGGACGUGAGUCAGGUGGUCUCUACAUUAUGGAAAAUCAGUCUUCCUGUGUGGAUACCCCAUCCCAAAAUGGCGUAGCCGAAAGAAAAAAUCGGCAUCUUCUUGAGGUUACUAAAUUGAAUCCAAAGUCUCUCAAAUGUGUCUUCCUUGGGUACUCCCGGCUGCAAAAAGGACCUACUCGAACUCCCGUUGUUCAUGUUUAUUCCAGGGGAUUGAAGAUUCCUGACUCAGAUCCUCCACCAGCUAUUUCGUUGGGAGAUCCUGUACCUCAUACUGAUCAUGAUUCUGAUAUAGACUUACCCAUUACUCUUCGUAAAGGUAAACGUUCAUGUACUUACCCUAUCUCUUCUUUUGUUUCUUAUAAUCAAUUGUCUUCUUGUUCUCGGUGUUUUGUUACUUCUUUAGGCUCUGUUCCUAUCCCUAAUACUGUUGGUGAGACACUGUCUCAUCCUGGCUGGUAUGCUGCUAUGAAAGAGGAAAUGGAGGCUUUAGAUGCUAAUGGUACAUGGGAACUGUUGCCUUUGCCCACUGGUCAUCAAUUUAGGGUGACUAUUUGUUCUCACUACCCAGCUCAGGAGAGACAUUGGCCGCCGACCGGCCGUUUCAACCUCGAUCAACAUCGCCGGCGUCGCCUCAACCCCCUCAUUCCACCACUGUGUGCUAUUGCCUGAUCCAGUAUACCAUUAAAGGACUUCUGGAGCGACAGAUCACAUGACAGGAUCUUACGACGAAACAGAUUAUUGGUAGAGGACGCGAGUUAGGUGGUCUCUACAUUCUGGAAAAUCAUGUACCGCUGUUGCUUGUUUGCUCCAGUACCUUAACACCUCUUGAAGCUCAUUGUAGAUUGGGUCAUCCUUCUUUGUCUACCAUGAAGAAGUUGUGUCCUCAAUUUCAGUCUUUAUCAAUACUAGAAUGUGAGUCGUGUCAGUUUGCAAAACAUCAUCGUUUGCCUUCUGUGUCUAGAGUCAAUAAACGGGCUUCAUCCCCUUUUGAGUUAGUUCAUUCUGAUGUUUGGGGUCCUUGUUCUGUUACAUCUAAAACUGGAUUUCGUUAUUUUGUUAUUUUUGUUGAUGAUUACUCUCGUGUUACCUGGUUAUAUUUAAUGAAGAAUCGUUCUGAGAUGUUUUCUAUCUUUUGUGCCUUUUGUAAUGAAAUC